AGCCGGCCGGGGCGGAGCGGAGGGUGGCGGGAGGGCGCGAGGGCGGUCCGGGGGCCGGUUCCGCGCGCUGGGAUUUUUAAAUGUCCCGCUCUUAGCCGGGCGCAGGAGCAGCCGGCUCGGCCGCCAGCGCGGUGUAGGGGGCAGGCGCGGAUCCCGCCACCGCCGCGCGCUCGGCCCGCCGCCGUCUCCCGCCUCCCGGCUUCCCGCUCGCCUCUGCCUCCUGCCUCCGGCCUCGGCUCGUGCCGCCUGCCUGCCUGCCUCAGAGACGGCUUCGGGCUUGAGGUCUGAUCCUGUGCCCAGCGCCAUGCCGAAGGAAGAGGAGAGGGAUGCGAAGGAACCGGACACCAUGAAAGAGGAAAGUGGCACCGAUGUCUCUGUUCGCUCCAGGAAAAGAAAGGCAAAUGUAGCCGUUUUUUUGCAGGAUCCAGAUGAAGAAAUUGCCAAAAUUGACAGGACUGUGAGAAGCCAGUGUGGCAGUCAGCCUUGGGACAGUAAUACAGCCUGUGAAAACCCCUGCUCCCUGAUUCCCACACCUGACAAAGAAGAGGAUGAACUUCUGUACCCACACGCUGCGUACAAGCCUCAGAGGUGCACGCCAUCGUCAUCCAGAGUGUCGCCACUGCCUGUGCUGAACUGGGCAAAUAGAGAGGAAGUAUGGAAAAUCAUGUUAAACAAGGAAAAGACAUACUUGCGGGACAAGCACCUCAUGCAGCGGCACCCUCUUCUGCAGCCUAAAAUGCGAGCAAUUCUUCUGGAUUGGUUAAUGGAGGUAUGUGAAGUCUAUAAACUUCACAGAGAGACAUUUUACUUGGCACAGGAUUUCUUUGAUCGGUAUAUGGCAACACAACAAAAUGUUGUAAAAACACUUUUACAACUUAUUGGGAUUUCAUCUUUAUUUAUUGCUGCCAAACUUGAGGAAAUCUAUCCUCCAAAGUUGCACCAGUUUGCUUAUGUUACAGAUGGGGCUUGUUCAGGAGAUGAAAUUCUUACUAUGGAAUUAAUCAUUAUGAAGGCCCUUAAGUGGCAUUUAAGUCCCCUGACCAUUGUGUCCUGGUUGAAUGUAUACAUGCAGGUUGCAUAUCUAAAUGAUGUGUAUGAAGUGCUCCUGCCUCAGUAUCCUCAGCAAAUCUUCAUACAGAUUGCAGAGCUUUUAGAUCUCUGUGUCCUGGAUGUUGGCUGCUUAGAAUUUUCUUAUGGUGUACUUGCUGCUUCUGCCUUGUAUCAUUUCUCUUCAUCUGAACUGAUGCAAAAGGUUUCAGGGUAUCAGUGGUGUGAUAUAGAGAAGUGUGUCAAGUGGAUGGUUCCAUUUGCCAUAGUUAUAAGGGAGACAGGAAGUUCAAAACUUAAGCACUUCAGGGGAGUUCCUGCUGAAGAUGCACACAACAUCCAGACCCAUAUAAACAGCUUGGAUUUGCUGGACAAAGCCCAAGCAAAGAAAGCCAUAUUAUCUGAAGAAAACAGGAUUUCUCCUCUCCCCACUGGAGUCCUCACCCCACCACAGAGCAGUAAGAAGCAGAGCAGUGGGCAGGGAUCAGCAUGACCACACCAGCACCCUCACCAAAGACAGCUGUGCAGAAGUGCCUGCUCCAGGUUCUCUCCUGUCCAUGCAGCAGAGGCGUGCAUUAGCUUUUACAGAUAUUUAAAUGGAAGGGCAUGUCUCUUCCGUGACAGAAGGUUUCUGUGGAUGGCAUUGGACAGGGAGAAGUGUUUUUUAUUGAAUGCUUAGAUUUUUUUAAUAAGUGGGUCAAGUACACCAGCCACCUCCAGAACACCAAUGAGUGCUCCAGAUGCUGCUAAGGAGGGUGAUACUUGACUUGAUUGACUAUUCACAUGAAUAACAAAGGCUUGAAGUUGAAGCGUGCCAUGUUGCUGUUGGUGUCCCCACGGCUGCUCUGGGCUCAGUCGCAUUAAGUGGACAGGCAGUUGUGAGUGUUGUGAUGUACAGCCCACCACCAGCUGUGCUGGGGGCCUCGCCUUUCCAUACUAUCAGUUGACAGUGUACAAUGCCUUUUAUGAACUAUUGUUUUUGCAAGUGCUGCUAUGUUUAUCCGUUUUUUAAUAAAGAUAAAACACUGUCUUUGAGACAGCUGGU